CAUAAAAUGCCUAUCCUCGAAUCUGGCGAACUGGUUCUCGUCACUGGAGCCAAUGGCUACAUUGGUGGAGUCAUCAUCCAAAAGCUUCUCGACGCCGGCUUCAAAGUGCGCGGCAGCGUCCGUGACAUCUCUUCACCAAAGAACGCAUGGCUACAACCACACUAUGGACCCAACUUCUCGCUGGUGCAGAUCCCAGAUGUGGCAGAACCCCACGCUUUCGAUAAGGCUAUCAAAGGCGUCCACGGCGUGUGCCACACGGCCGCUACUCUAGUGCUUGACACAGACCCAGAGAAAGUCAUCACGCCCGAGAUAAACGGCAUGUUGAAUGUUCUCAAGGCUGCUGCGACGCAGGAUACUGUCAAAAGAGUCGUAUACACGUCAUCUUCGGCGGCACUCAUAACACAUACGCCGGGCCUGGAGUAUCACCUCGAUGCGCAUAGCUGGAAUGAGGAAGCUAAAGUGGUAUGGACGCUGCCAGUGACCCAGGGAUUCUCUCGUGGGUAUAUCAACUAUGCGGCCAAGAAGGUGGAAGCUGAGCAGCGCGCUUUCCAGUGGAUGAAGGAUAACACGCCCAAGUUCGAUUUCAAUUCGGUGCUUCCCAAUAGCACUUUCGGUAUCAUGACGCGAGCCGAUAAAACAGGAUUCAUCAGCACUGGAGGUAUCUUGAAGAUGUUGUGGGAAGGCGAGACGAGUUUCACGAGCUUGUUUGCGCCACAGUGGUUUGUCGAUGUUGAAGACAGUGCUCUGCUACAUGUCGCUGCGUUCACGCUCCCCGAUGUUGUUUCAGAGCGUCUACUUGCGUUUGCGGGUCGAUACAGCUGGAAUGAGAUUCUCGCCAUCUUCAGAAAGGAAGCUCCAGGAAGAGAGUUUGCUGAUGACGUCGGGGAGGUCAAGGAUAGAGGGACGGUGGAUAAUAAGAGGGCUGAAGAGAUAUUGAGAAGAUUGGGCAAGCAAGAAGGCUUCACGCCGUUAGAGGAAACAAUCAAGAAGUGGAUUCCGUACAUGCAACAGGCGGAGAAAGAAGGCUGGGCUUCUGCCAAAAGCUCUACCGAUGCGGAACAGUUGCGUAGCUUCGAGUAA